UACAUCACUUGAUUGGCCGAUACGACCUCUUCUGUGUCAGAUCCGGGAGUGAGUGUAUAAAGCAGCAGGAUGCGCCUAAGUGGCAAGCUGUUGUCGGCGACAGUCAUAGCGCUCGUGUCAACAAUGAAAAGUCUGAUCUGUCUACUGGCAGCCAUCGUGGCUGCCGAGAGUGUAAGCCUAUACCUACGUGAAACUACAUGCAGUACGUCACUUGACUGUAGUUCCGGCACGUGCUGCAGAGAUGCUAACAACAUACUCCUGAACCCUGCAUGGAGCUUCCAAAAUGAUCUCCUCCUUCGUCCACAAGGCAAUGGCAAUGGUAUGUGUAAGCCAGGCCCAGCCCAGCUGAAGGAGGUGUGCAGCGGAGGCUGCCCGUGUGCUAAAGGGUUAGCCUGUUACACGCCACUCACCGGCGCCUGUUGUCCCGCCAGCCGCUGUGAGACACAGGAAUAUGUCAACCAGAUGAACGAGUACUGGAACAACUGCCACCCACCCAAGUGUUUUUAUCCAGUUCGGAAAUAAAUUAAAAAAUAAGG